AUGGCAUCUGGAAACCUGGCCUUGGGGAUCUUCUUCCUGUCCCAGACCGUCCUGGGAUUGCUGGGGAACUCAGCCUUGCUUUGCUGUUUUAUCAUCGCUGACCUCACUGGGAUCAGGGCAAAGCCGACAGAUCUGAUUGUCAAACACCUAACCUGGGCCAAUAUCACAGUUCUUCUUGUCAAAGGAAUCCCUCAGACAAUAGCUGCUUUUGGUCAGACAUAUUUUCUAGGGGACGUUUCAUGUAAACUUGUCUUUUAUUUCCAUAGAGUUGCCAGGGGAGUAUCCCUUGGUUCCACAUGUCUUCUGAGUGUCAUUCAAGCCAUCACCAUCAGCCCCAGUAAUUCCAUCUGGGCCCAGGUAAAAGUCAGAGCACCCAGGAUCAUUGGUCCUUCCCUGGGUCUCUGCUGGGCCUUGUAUCUACUUGUAAAUAGCUUCAUUGUCAUGACAGUGACUGACAUGAGAGAUAAAGGAAAUCUUACUGAAUUUAGACAGUUUGUGUACUGUUUAGUAGUAAAACUCUCCAAACAAUCUUACAUAGUACAUCUGGUCCUGUUGACCUUCAGUGAUGUCAUAUGUUUGGGACUCAUGAUGUGGGCCAGUAGCUCCAUGGUGUUGAUCUUGCUUAGGCAUAAGCAGAGGGUCCAACAUAUCCGCAGAUUCACGUCUAGUGGCGCAUCCCCUGAGACCAAAGCCACACAGAGUAUUCUUACUCUAGUGAGCAGCUUUGUGGUGCUUUACGGAACCUCUGUCAUCUUAAUUUUGUAUUUUCCUUUUCAAGAUGGAACAGAUGCAUGGCUGGGCAAUGCUGGUGUGGCCAUGAGUGCAUGCUUCCCAGCACUCUCCCCAUUUCUGCUCAUCAGAUACUAUACCAGGGAUUUUACGCUCUACGUUACUUCAAAAUAG